AUGAUUAAGAGAUUCAAGAAACUAUUUUAGGUUCAAAGUGAAUUCCAAUAAUUUCUUACAAAAUCUAGUUUAACAAAAGAUAAUUUUGUAUAUAAACAAGAAGAUGUAGAAAUUUUAGUGCCAUUCUUAACUGAUGAUUAAAAUAUAAUCGAAUUUUUUUAGGUGUAUUAAGAAGAUAACUGUCAACUUUAUACAAUAAAAAUGAAAAUGCUUAUAACAAUUCAUCAAGUACUCAAUAUAAGUGAUGAAUUUGCCUCAUAAUUCAUUAAAAUAAAUUUUGCAUAUUUUAAUAAGUAUGAAUGAUUGAAUAGUAGCAGACCUUCAUAAAAACCAGAUACAUUUGUUUUUAAGUAAGUGACAAAUGAAGUAUGGUUACUGGAAAAUCUUUAGAUACCAUUUCUGUAAUAUUUGUAAAAAUUGGCAUUGAAUGUAUAUGAAAUAAAGAGUUAUAGAAAUCAUCAAUUUAGAAAACCAAUACAUUAAUCAAAGUAUUAUGUCUUAAGUUAUUUAAGUCUUGUAGUUGA